UAAAAAUGGCUGCAUCUGCUGAAGAUAUCGCGUGGAAGAAGCUUCUCGACAUGGCAACCGCCCACAGUUCAAAAAAUACGGAAAAAUCGGCAGAAGCCUCGGAAGAUACCGCUCCAGUGUACUCUCGUGAGAAUCUCGAAUUUCUCCAAAAAGCGAUGACUCACUCAUUCGGUGGAGAUAUGGAGCAGGGACCGUCCGUCAUUCAAAAAUUCUUCCAUUUCGGCGAUGAGAACCCGGAGAAGGUCGUUAUGACCCCGGCGUUGUUGGCUGCGGCGAAGGAAUUGGCCGAUCAGCUUGAUGAUUACCUUAUAAUGGGCAACUUCUCGGAGCAUUUCAUUGCUGAGGGCGGCCUCAAGGCUCUCGCCAAUCUCACUAUGUCACCAGACGAAGAUCUGCGUCUCCUCUACCUCCGUCUCAUCCCACAACUCGCCGAAAACCGCCCGGAAUUCCAACAGGCAAUCGCCGAUUCUCCACUUUUCACAGCAUACAUGAAGCUGCUCAAACGUCAAGCCGAACUGAGCCCCCGAAUUCUUUCAGCACUGCUCUCGGCGAUUUCCUCCAUCGUUCGGUCUCACUUGCCGGCUUAUUUGAAGUUUCAGGCCAAGAAUGGGCUCACGGCCACUGAGAAGCUUAUUCAGAGCACGAAAGACCAUAAAAAUGCUGUAAAGGCUGGCCGUAUGAUCGUCAGUUUCCUGUAUACACUUACUGAUCUCCAGGGAAUCGAUGAAAUUACUGAAGAAAUUAAGAAUAGUAUUCUUAAAAUCUAUACUCUCCUGGAUGGACGUUCAAGAUUUGUGGAUCGGGCCGAUGAUAGUGAAGAAACGAAGGAGUUCUAUGAGGAAACUAUGAAAAUGAUCAAAUUCGAAAUCAUGCAAAUGCACCCGGACAUUAUUACACCACAAACGAGAAAACUGCUCGAGGAGCACUUCAAAGAAUCCAAUCUUCGAGCAGGCCUGAUGCCAAUUGGUGGAUGGCCGGUUAUUCCAAAAAACGAGUGGCCACAGCCACCACAGCCACCCUGUCAUAAAGCCAAUAAGAAUGCGGAGCCAAAAAAGGAGCCGGAGCCAGCGAAGAAGGUUGCUCCAAAGCAGGAGACAAAAGUAGAUCAAGAAGCGGCAGAAUUGGCGCGAAAAAUUCAAAUCGAGGAGGAUAAAACUCGAAAACGCCACGAGAUCGUCGCCAGAUUCUCCAUUUUGGACAUUUACACGAAGGAAGAGCUCGCCGAGAAGCUCAAGUUGGACGCCGAGAUGGAGAUGGCUGAAGCUCAGAAGGUUCUGAAGGAGAUUCGCUGAAAAGAAGAACAUUUGUCUUUUUUUUUGUAAUUUUUUCAAAGAAUUUAAGAAAAUUGAGCUUUUUUAAAAAAUCUCAGAAAAUUAGAUUUUUUUUUUGGAAAAUUUUAGAAUUUUUGUAGAAAAUUGUUUAAAAAACUAUUUUUUUUGUUGUAAAAUUCGCAGAAAAAUCAAAAAAAAUGCAGAAUUUCAGAAAAAAAUUUUUUUUCAGAAAAAUCAGGUUUUUUUUGUAAAAUUCUUAAAAUUAAGGCUUUUCUAAAAAUUUCAGAAAAAAAUUUUUUUGUUUGAAAAAUUUUAGAAAAAUCUAGAUUUUUAUGAAUUCUUCAAGCAAAAAAUUAUUUUUUUUUCUGAAAUUUUCAGAAAAGCCUUAAUUUUUAGAAUUCUACAAAAAAUCCUGAUUUUUCUGAUUGAAAAAAAAACAUUUCUAAUUUUUUUUCUGAUAUUCUUUUAAAAAAUCUCAAUCUUUCUGAAAUUCUUUUGUUUUCCCCUAAUUUCCAUAUUGCCACAUGUCAUUUGAUCCCGGAUAAUUGUGAAUACCGCCCGUCAAA